GAGGCGGUCAUUGAGAGGUGACGUCAGCAACGUGCUGCCUCUCGACGUCGCAGCCAUGGAGGAAGUAAGAGUGUUCCCCCUGACCUGUGCAGUUCAAAUCUAUGCAUGGGGAAAGAUUGGGCUGGACAGUGAGGUGGCCAAACUGGUGGUUGGCGGAGACCCCCUGGCAGUCAUAGAGGGGGACAAACCCUAUGCAGAGCUGUGGAUGGGUGCCCACCCCAAAGGCGAUGCUCAGAUCAAGGACAACAGGAUCGCCCAGACCACCUUGGGCCAGUGGAUAGCCCACUACCCCGCCUGCCUGGGCUCCAAGGUGAAAGACGCCUUCCAGGGUCAGCUGCCGUUCCUCUUCAAAGUCCUGUCGGUCAAUACGGCUUUGUCCAUACAGGCCCACCCCAACAAGGAGCUAGCUGCCACCCUACAUGCUCAGUUUCCAGAGCACUAUCCAGACAACAACCACAAACCAGAAAUGGCAAUCGCUCUCACGCGCUUCCAGGGGCUUUGUGGCUUCAGACCAGUGGACGAGAUCCUGGGCUUCCUUCAAGCUGUCCCAGAGUUUCAUGCUCUCGUUGGCCGGGAUGCAGCAGAAGAGCUACGGAGCAGUGUCGGAGAUGAGGUUCGGACCGGACGGGCCUUGAAGAAGUGCUUCACAAAAAUGAUGAGCUGUGAGAAGAAGGUGUUUGUGGACGAGCUGAACGAGCUGGUUAAAAGAGUCACGCAGGAAGGUGCAGCAGGGAAGGACACAUCAAGCAGCAACGGCGACCUGUUGCUCCGCCUACAUUCCCAAUACCCAGGAGACAUCGGCUGCUUCUCCAUAUACUUCCUGAACUAUGUGGUCCUGGAGCCAGGCCAGGCCAUGUUCCUGGGGGCCAAUGAGCCUCACGCGUAUAUCUAUGGAGAUUGCAUCGAGUGCAUGGCCUGCUCAGACAACACCGUCAGAGCUGGGCUGACGCGUAAAUACAUCGACGUAAACACGCUGUGUGAGAUGUUGAACUACAAGCCGGCGUCUGCCUCCUCCAAAAUCUUCCCGUGUGUCUCGGACCCCGCGGACCCCUGUGUGACCCUGUAUGACCCCCCGGUGCCAGACUUCACGGUCAUGAAGAUACAGGUGCCAGCCUCGGUGAAGGACUACACUGUUGCCUCAGUUGACAGCGCCAGCAUCUUGCUGGUCAUCGAAGGCGACGCCACUGCGACCUCUGCCGCGGCCUUCUCCGACGUCACCAUGACGCGGGGAGGCGUCCUGUUCGUCUCGGCCAACGAGAGCGUGUCUCUGCACGUCAUGUCGCAGUCAGGGAUGACCCUGUUCCGAGCCUGCAGCCUCCUGUAGCUCCUACCGAGCACCUAAUGCCGCCACCGUCUCUUAGGAAGUUCUUCGUUCUGAAUUGGGCCUCGGAUUUCUGGUGUUCACUACUUGGUAGGUGGUAUUAAGAACUUAAAGAGGGUUUUCCUCUGGUCUGGUUUUUCUUACUGAGUCUGUUGCUCCUUUUUUAACCGUAAGCCCCCAGCAGACUGCUCUGAGGAUUCUGACGGUGUUUCUUACAAAUCCAGGAUCAUCCUGCAGGGUAAUAGUCAUCUUUAACUAAUAGUGUUGACGCAGCUUAUAAAUAAAGAAAUUGUGCACAACCCAAGUUCUGUAUCGGUGCUGGACAUUUAAUUUGAUGAAGCAGGCUCAAACAGAACACUUGUACCGUUUUAAAUAUUUCUAAUAAAUUAGCCACUGGAAGGUUUUUAAACGUUUCCAAAACUUCAUUCAGUUCCCGUUUAUAAAAUCUUUUUUUUUCUUGACAUUAAAGGCAAUCAGGUUACAUCUGCUCCUUGAUGUGCUCAGAUAAAAAAAAAGACUCAUUUUAAAUAUGUUUGAGCAUCAUUUCCUCCUACAAAGGUUUAAUUAACUAAAAAUCCUGUAACAGCCAGAAAACAACAGUUUUAUCAUCAGGUAUUGUUGCAUUACAAAACGUUUACACCACCUACUGGUCCUGUGAGGUACUACAAUCACUGAGCAACUAGUUUUCUUCUCGGGGAUCACUGAUGAUGAGUUUCCAGAAAGUCUCUCCUUUUUAUUUUUUUUUUAACCUGAUCUAUAAACGUUGUAAUGACAGUCUAAGAUGACGUAGCGCGAUAACAACAAUGCGAUUCCUGUGCAUGCUGAAUCGAGAGCUGUCGCCCAUCUGACUGGCCGGUUUUCUGCCGGUAUCCAGGCUGACCCGCCAGUGGAAGUGAAGCCGAACCUGCCGGUUGUGAUGCUUUUUACCACUAACAUUGCAUGCAUACGUUUUUGGAAAUGUCCUAAUAUUUGAACAGUGACUGAAUAUAAAACAAAUAGCUACAGGGUUGGACAAGACGUUGGCCCCAAGCUGUCUCCAUCCUACAAGGCAUGUGUGUUUUGAAUUUUCGCGUCUUGUUUGGUUUGACUAAAUAUGCAGUGUCUGUGCUCGUACAACAAAACGCUGCAUGCCUGAGGGGGUUGCCGAGUUUGCCAGUCUUUAAGUAACUCAAUACAAGACGAGGUUCCUUUAUGUUUUCCAUCUCAAAAUUCCACACUUUUGGUUUUCCAAGUCAAAAUAAGUCCAGUUUUCUAUGAGUUUGGGACCCAGAAUGUCCUACAUUUUACCAUCUAGAAGAGUCAUUUCUCAUUAUCCUUGAGAUGACAAAAUGUAGAGCUAUUUUUUUUUU